UCCCAUCAUUCUUAUUCAGAAAAAGGAAAGUUUUUUGGUGCUCAAGAAGGAGAAGACGAACGAGUGACUCACUCACUCACUGAGUUGUGUUUUCGGAAUCGGAAGAGUGAGACUGAGAAUGUCAGUUCGUGAGAUGAAGUGCUAUGGCUCCCCAUCUUCUACUUCUACUACUACUCAACCAGCUACUCCCAUUAAAAGAGACAACCCACGCAGGACUCAGUCUCAAGCUCAUGAUGAUGACACUCUCCGUCUCAGCUGUCCCUACGGCCAUGGCAGCUGCUCUCUCAAGGUCUCCCGCUCCCAAGCCAACCCGGGAAGGCCUUACUACACUUGCUCUACUCAGUCUUGUAGAUUCUUCAAAUGGGCUUCUGAUCAUCACGGCAAUGAUUAUGGUGGCUGUGGCCAAGUGGGUGUGCUUAAACGCCAGCGCCUUCGUCCUCAGGACUACCCUGAAUGUCGUUGCGGUGCCGGAAAAUGUAAGCUCGUGUUUGGCAAGACUGCCACCCAAGACUACUUUGUUUGCCCUAUUGAAAAGGGACAUGGAGCUUGUAGUUUUCGAGCUCAAGCCAUGGCUAGACCUGGAAUUGUGAGCUCCGUGUUGAAUGAGGGUAGUCCAGUAGGCUUUGAGCAUCCAAAGAGAACGAAAUUUGACUCAACGGGAGUGGUGGUGGUGAAUAAUCCUCCUCUUGAUCAACCAUCUACGUCUGUAAACAUGGGAAUGGGAAAUGGAGACAACGAGCCAGAGCAAGAGCAAGAGCAAGAGCGAGAGUUGGAGGAUGUUAUAGUAGACAAUACUCUCCAAGUUUCUUGUUUAAAAUCAGAUACUACUCAACUUGGCCAAACUGAGUAUCUGAAUCAGAUUUCUGCAGAUCCUAUGAAACAAAUGCUAGGUAGACUUGUUUUGGGUUGGUUAGGGAGGCUUGCAUUCCCUCCAUCUGGAACCCUUAUGGUGCCUCAAGCAAGACCUUUCUUUGGCUGUGUUUUCCCAUCGUUCGAUCCAAUCAAUGCCCCCAAGGCCAAAGGUGUUUUUUCAUCGUUUAUUCCAAUCUAUGUCCCCAAGGCCAAAGGUGGUGUGGAUACAGUUAAUUAUAGAGCCUUAAAUGAGUAUCCUCAAGGUAAUUUGAAUGAUCAAUCAGAUACCACUUCUCACGGUGGCAUUCUAAUGGAACUUUCAAGCAUCAAGAAUGUUGGUAGUGAUGACUACAUGGGACCAAUCUCAAAGGCACUUGGGAAAGCAGGGUUACUUGUACAAAAACAGCUGCUGAGUAUUCUCGAGUCCACGAAUCCAGCGAACCACAAUUCGAUGAGAGAAGCAGCAAACAAGACAUUUUCUGUCUUGAAACUUCUGUCAAUGGAUCAUAGGGAGUUUUCUGAGAGUGUGAGAAAGUUCAUUUCUUGUGCAGCAGAGUUGGCCAAGAUAGAAGAUGAGUGGAGGAAGAAGACGGAAGUAAUGCAGCUGCCAGAAGAGAUUGAGGACUGGUAUGAGAAUGAGAAGGCUAAGUUUGAUGAGAUGGCGGAAAUGGAGAGGGAGACAAUGGCUGCAAUUGCUGCUUCUGAUAAGCAAGUGGAGUGCAUUGGAGAAGAGGUAAUGCGGUUGAGGGAAAAGCUUGCUGGGAUGGAGAAAGAGUUGAGGCAUAGGAACAUGGAGAAUGGGGAGCUCAAAUGGCGAGCGGGAAUGAUUAGAGAGGAUAUGACAGCGGCGAAGAAGAAGAUGGAGGAAGCAAGAGCAGCAAAGAUGGUGCAUGAGGAGCGAUCUGCUGCAAUGGAAGCAUUGGAAAGGGCCAGGUUUCACCUUCGACACAACCACUAAAGUACUUACUGAUCGGUAUGUAUAUACUAUAUGAUGAUAUGUUAUAUAUGGAUAAGAUAGGUAAUGACUAAUUAUUGUAAGUUGUAAGCAAUAUCCUUAAUUUAUCUGUACGGGCGACUCCACUGUAUGCCAUUCAUUUUGAAAACAUGGUUUUCUAUUA